AUGUCACUCUUCCGUGCUACACUGCUGCAGAGGCAGCUUUUUGCUCCUGCUCGCGUUACAUGCAUCCGCUAUGCGUCUACUUCGGCGCCGGAAAACAUUGUACUCCCUCGCCUACAGACGGACCUCAAAAUCGCCAUGCGGUCCAAGAACAAGCCUGCGUUGAACACGAUCCGUGGACUGCAGGCCGAAAUCAUCAAUGCCUCUAAGACGGCCAAACCCAUCACCACUGACGGUGCCCUUUACUCGUUGAUCCAGAAGCAGAUCAAGGCUAGCUCGGCAUCCAUUGAAGAAUUCCGAAAUGCCAAACGGGAAGAUCUGGUGGAAAAGGAGCAGCAAAACUUGGAUAUUCUCAAGGCGUAUGCUGACGAGAUUCCCACUGUCAGCGAGAGCGAGGUUGACUCGCUGGUGAUGAGCGUGGUGGAGGGACUGGAGGAGGGCAAGAGGAACUUUGGCAGUGUCAUGGGCAAGGUCAUGGGAGCAGUCAAGGGCCGGCCGCUUGAUGUCGAGUAUGUGACGAAGAAGAUACAGGAGGCUGUGGGGGCAAAAUGA